CGUUAUCCUACGACGUGAUAGCCGAUUAUGAACAAGAGAGUUGACCACGAUCAUGCUGGAGUAAUGAGAACCAAUCAGAGCUACAGGAAAGGAGGACUAGAGUCCGUUAAGCUGAAGUGCUAAGGUCGGUGGCUGCAUUGCAAUAUAUUUGAAGGAGAACCUUGCGCCAAUUUGGACCGUCUUUAUUUCCUUAAACCCCCGAAUCAUCGAUGGAAAGAUUCUGCUCUUCAAAUGUGCCAUUAGCAGACGCUCUUCAGCUUCUUUCUAAGAACGAUCCGUGUGUACGAGAUUUACAUCUGGACUGCUCAUGGUCGCUGGAGGAUGAUGCAAUGCUCAAGAUUGUUGAAGCGAUAAGCAUCCAUUCCAAGCGCUAUCCCAAGGACUCCGUAGUUCGAAGUAUUUCUACCGAGAUUCCCCGAUCCAUCGCACGAGUAGUUCUGUUUUGCUCGGCAAUUUGCAGGCUCCCACAUGUGGAAGCCGUCACGAUUCGGCGUCGAUCCGGAAUCGCUUCGAAGUACCUAGGUCACUAUGUACUGUACCAUAUUCUGGAACCGUUUGAGAGAAUGGUACAUCGCCUCCAGCGACUCGAGGUCUAUGAUCCAAUACAGUACCUUUCAUCAUCGACCGACUCAAGUACUGAGGUGGAAAAAAUCAACAGUUUCAUUCUAGCCGCUGUUAACCUUGAAAUAUUUGCCCUCACGAGAAUCUACGCUCCUGGUUCCAAUAAGCUCUCGUCAUUAAUUCAGGCUUUGAUUGGACAGAAACGGCUUCGGAUUUUAAAUCUGCAGCUUUCGUCUUUCACAUCGGAGCCCAAAGUGACACCAGAAGAUCUUCAAGUGCUUUGUCGAUCAACGAGCUUGGAGCAGCUGACUCUGAUCAAUACAGGGAUGAUCGACAGCCAUUUAAAAAUUCUGUCCGAAGAGUUACGCUGGAAUUUGGUUCUUAAAAAGAUCGAUAUCCAACAAAAUUGGCAGACUAGCGAAAAUGGCUUUCUACAUCUGCUAGAACUAAUGCAAAAGCAGUUCGUCAUCGUCGAGUUCAAUUUGGAAGAGGGCAUGGCUUUACCGGGUUUCGAGCAAGAAAAUCAAGAUCGUCUUUACGAGGAGUCUUGUGCAAGUUUCUUUUUCAACAAGAGAACGGUCGCCGCCAAGAUUGAAUCUUUCGCUCGAAUGAAUCGUGCAGGUCGACAGCGUAUACAAAACGAUUCAAACUAUAGCCAUGACGACUGGAUCGAUCUUAUUUCUCUUGUUGGCUAUGAUAUUGAUGCCAUUUUCUACAUGAUUCUGCAGAAACCGGAGGUGUGCAAUCGCGACCACAGGUUGAUCGCUACGAUUGGUGACCGGUCAAGGAAAAGGAGGCGGAUGGCUUAG